CAAUUUUUUGCGGUCGCCGCGUGAAAUACAAAUCUCAUGAGAUAUAUUCAGACAUAUAAAUAAGAAAAACGAUAACGCAAAAUAAUAUACAAGUGUAUGAGUACAACAUAUUUAUACAUACGAGUAUGAACAUAUGUAUGUAGAUAGGCCCAUUUAUUAUUUUUGGAUUUAAAAAAACAUGUUGUAGUAAGAAAAGUGUGAUUGCAUAAAAUUUGUGGCAUACACGUUUGAAUAAAAUUCAAAUUAAAAAAUCACCCAUCCAUCAAGAUGGUCAACAUUGAUUGUCAGUCGAGACGCAGCACCAAAAUAUCGGUUAUUAUUUUAGGUGGUGCGCUCUGCACCGUUAUGAUGGCAUAUUUCGUUUUCGGCGAUAACAACGAUGAACAGGGCUUGCGAAAUUUAAGAAUGAUCUCCAUUGUCUUUCGGCAUGGUGAGAAGACGCCAAGUUCCUUUUACCCCACCGAUCCGCAUGCCCUGCAUGACUGGUCGUAUGGUCUGGGGGCCUUGACACAGAAAGGCAGUCAGCAGGCUUAUAAUCUGGGGAAAAAUUUGCGCAUGCGUUACUAUCGUCUAUUACCGCCCAACGGUAUCUAUACGCAGCAGCAGGUGCUCACACUUAGCUCAGCGGCUGAGCGCUGUAUUAUGAGUGCGCAGAGUGUUUUAGCAGGCUUUAUACCACCGCUGGACCACAAUAACAUUUUGCCGAUCGCUUGGCAGCCGGCAGCCGUAAAUGUAAUACCCCGCAGUGAAGACAUACUCUUGGCGCAGAAGAAACCAUGUGCGAAAUAUGACACAAUUCUGCAAAAAUUGUAUAAGAAUCCACCACCCGAAUUGCGGCAGCUUAACGAAGAAAAUACGGAACUGUUCAAAUUGCUCACAAAACAUUCAGGCAAGAAUAUUUCUACGCUAAUGGAUGUCGAAAUGCUUUACACUACAUUGAAAGUCGAAUCUGAAGCAGGUCUGGUAUUACCUGACUGGACGGAAAACAUCUAUCCAGAUAAACUGGAAGCACUAGCGGCACGCAGUUACUCACUUUAUACUGAGUCGAAUCUAAUGAAAAAAGUAAAGGGUGGUGCUUUCUUAGCCGAGAUAAUUAAAAAGAUGGAGAACAAGCGGAGAAAGAAUUUGAAUCCCGAUCGUAAAAUAUUCUUGUAUUCUGGCCACGAUAUUACAUUGGUGAAUAUUAUGAAUACUUUGAAUAUUCUGGAUCAGACUGAUACCUUACCAAGCUAUGCUUCUGCACUAUCUUUCGAACUGCAUCAUAGUUCUUUGUUUAAGGAAGAUUUCGAAGUGAAGAUCGUAUAUUACUAUAACAGUGACGACAAGUUUCCAAAAGAAAUCCAUAUACCGAACUGUAGCGCGCCUUGCUCGCUCACACAAUUCAGUAAUUCCAUAAAUAAUCUUCUUUUGGACAAUUACGAUGACACGUGCGAAAAUCCUAAGACAGAAUGCAAAACAUAGAAUUGAAAAACAAAUUAUAUGCAUAUACAUAUACGAUUGUAAA